GCGGGCAGUCAGUGUGUGGGCUAUGACAUGGUGGCCUGAUUGCACUUCUUGCCUGUAAAGCUUCGUCCUCUCUCUACUUUGUUCACCUUCACCUUCUAUCUGGAAUUUCUUCAGAAGAACCUGGAAGCAAGCCGUAUUUACUAGUCACUAAUCAUCCGGCCGACCCUCUCCACCUCUCAAGCAAACAUCACCGCCUAUCGAGGGGUCCGGCAACAAUGGCGACGAAAACGAAUUCUCUACGUGACCGCCAGAUUGCGUCUCUCAAAAAAAUCCUGAACCUCAACGAAACCGUCGAGACGAGCGAAUCAGAAGAAGCUUUGGCAAAUGGACUACUCGCGCCUGUAGCUCCGAUUCUCGACUCAGAAGGAAAUCCUAUCUGGAAAGUACUGGUAUUCGAUGACCUUGGACGAGAUGUAAUCAGCAGUGUUAUGCGAGUGAGCGACCUGCGCUCCAUGGGUGUGACCAUGCACAUGCAUAUUGGAACGACGCGACAUGCGAUCCCUGAUGUCCCCGUAAUCUAUCUACUCGAACCAACUGCACAGAACUUACAAAAUAUCACGAACGAUUUGCAAAAGGGUCUCUACUCUCCAGCUUACAUCAAUCUGCUCUCUUCCCUCCCACGAGUCCUGUUGGAGGACUUCGCUACGCAGACGGCUACAUCAGGAACUUCCGACAAGAUUUCACAGCUCUUCGAUCAAUAUCUGAACUUUAUUGUUGCCGAACCUGAUCUUUUCAGUCUUGGUAUGCAAAAAGAGCACACAUACUGGGCUCUCAACAGUGCCAAAACCAGUGAUGAGCAGCUCGACUCGGUGAUUGACCGUAUAGUGAGCGGCCUAUUCAGCGUGAUUGUCACAAUGGGUGUAAUUCCCAUCAUUCGAUGCCCCAAGGGUGCCGCCGCCGAAAUGGUCGCCCAACGACUCGAUCGAAAGCUCCGAGACCACAUCUUAAACUCAAAGGACAAUCUCUUCUCUAAUACGCGCUCAACAUCAUCUUCCGGAACUCCUCAAUCACGGCCGGUACUUAUCCUUCUCGAUCGAAAUGUCGAUCUCGUUCCCAUGCUAUCGCAUUCUUGGACGUACCAAUCUUUGGUCCACGACGUACUUAACAUGAAGUUGAACCGCAUCACAAUCGAGACACCAAUCGACGAAAGCAACCCAGCCAAGGGCACAUCCAAGAAGGCGUAUGAUUUGAAUGCCAAUGACUUCUUUUGGGCAAAGAAUGCCGGUGUACCGUUCCCUCAGGUAGCCGAAGACAUCGAUGCUGAGUUGACAAAAUACAAGGAGGAUACAGCAGCUAUUACUAAGAAGACAGGCGUAACAGACCUUGAAGAUUUGCAGAACGAUACAAGUGCUAGCGCCCAGCACUUAAAGGCAGCUAUUACACUGCUACCGGAGAUGCGAGAGCGAAAGGCCACUCUAGAUAUGCAUAUGAAUAUCCUGGCAGCCCUUCUAUCUGGUAUCAAAGAUCGUCAGCUCGACAACUUCUUCCAGAUUGAAGAAACUGCGACCAAGCAGACCAAGGUUCAGAUUAUGGAUAUUAUCAAGGAUGCAAACAGCGGCAAGGAGCCUACCGAUAAACUGCGACUCUUUGUGAUUUGGUACCUCAGCACGGAGCAGGAAGUUAAUCGCCAGGAAUUCGAAGGAUUUGAAAAGGCCUUAGAAGCUGCUGGGGCAGAUAUUUCAUCUUUAUCGUACAUUCGACAAGUUCGCGCCACUACGAAGAUGACCCAGCUUACAACCAUCAACAACAGCGCCGCCACCCAAAAUGCUUCCUCCGAUCUCUUUGGUCGAUUCUCUUCCAUCUCUUCACGCCUGACCGAUCGUUUGAAGGAAACUGGCGUCCCGUCUGGCCUGUCUUCCAACUUUGAAUCACUUAUUAGUGGUGUGAAGAACUUCCUGCCUGCUGAUCGCGAUCUUACGAUUACAAAGAUUGUAGAGUCUAUCAUGGACCCUGCCACAGCAUCAUCCUCUGCGAUUGCUAAGACAGAAAACUAUCUGUACUUUGACCCUCGCUCCGCCAACGCGCGAGGCACAAUGCCUGCUCCAAGUGCCAUUCGCGCCGGAGCGGGCAAUGCCCCUGGUGGUAUGCCUGGCUCACAAAACGUGGGCCAGAAUGCCAGCUUUGGCCAACGUCGCCAAGGAUUCAGCGAGGCCGUUGUUUUCACUGUUGGCGGAGGUAGUAUGGAGGAGUAUGGCAACCUGCAAGAAUGGGUUUCCCGCGUAGGUGGCGACCGUGCCAAGAAGAGAGUGGUUUAUGGCAGCACAGAACUUGUUAAUGCGCGUGAAUUCAUUUCAGAAGAGUUGGAAAGACUUGGUAAGGAAUUAUCUUCGUAGAUUUAAGUCUUUCUCACUAUUGUUAAUAUGAAUACCAAAAAUUGAAGUCUAGAGUGUGUGGCUCUAUUCAGUGACCAACGGCUAUCUAGUGCGACAGGAGGAAAGCUAGUUCAAUGGCGCAACCGAACUACAAGCUAGAAAACAUAUAACCCGG